AUGUCUAAGAUUGAAAAGAAAAAGGAAAAGAAAACUGCUAAUGAAUUAACUUCUUUGGCCGAAAAGAUUAGAGCAAAAGCUCUAGAGAACCAGAAGAAGCGUAUAGAAGCAGAAAAUGAAAGUGAUUCGGAAUCUAGUUCUGAAAAAGAUUCUACUGCUGAAAACAAAAAAAGUUCGAAAUCAACAAGUAAAUCUAAAGGCUCUGCGACAGCCGAAAAUGACAAUGCGAAUGAAGGGGAAUCUUUUGAGUCCUUUAAUGAACUAAAUUUAGUUCCCGAGUUGAUUCAAGCCUGUAAAAACCUGAAUUAUUCUAAGCCCACACCAAUUCAGUCCAAAUCAAUUCCUCCAGCGCUAAAAGGUCAUGAUAUAAUCGGUCUUGCACAAACAGGUUCCGGUAAGACUGCCGCAUUCGCCAUUCCCAUUUUGAACCGCUUAUGGCAUGACCAGGAGCCAUACUAUGCGUGUAUUCUUGCUCCAACAAGGGAAUUGGCGCAACAAAUUAAAGAGGCUUUUGAUUCGUUAGGGUCUCUGAUGGGUGUGAGAUCAACAUGUAUUGUGGGUGGUAUGAAUAUGAUGGACCAGGCUAGAGACUUGAUGAGAAAGCCGCAUAUCAUAAUUGCUACACCAGGUAGGUUAAUGGAUCAUCUGGAGAAUACCAAGGGGUUUUCACUGAGGAAGCUGAAAUUUCUGGUUAUGGAUGAGGCAGAUAGGUUGUUAGAUAUGGAAUUUGGACCUGUUCUGGAUAGAAUUUUGAAGAUUAUUCCAACCCAAGAAAGAACCACAUAUCUUUUCUCUGCCACUAUGACUUCCAAGAUUGAUAAAUUACAAAGAGCGAGUUUGACAAAUCCUGUGAAAUGUGCAGUAUCAAAUAAGUAUCAAACCGUUGAUACAUUAGUACAGGCACUGAUGGUUGUUCCAGGUGGUCUUAAGAACACGUACCUAAUAUACUUAUUAAAUGAGUCCAUUGGCAAGACGAUGAUUAUUUUCACAAGAACAAAGGCAAAUGCUGAAAGACUGUCAGGAUUAUGCAACUUACUGGAGUUCAGUGCUACUGCACUGCACGGUGAUUUGAAUCAAAACCAAAGAAUGGGGGCUCUAGAUCUAUUUAAGGCAGGUAAAAGGUCUAUUCUUGUCGCUACAGAUGUCGCCGCUAGAGGGCUAGAUAUUCCAUCCGUGGACAUAGUUGUCAACUACGAUAUUCCUGUGGAUUCCAAAUCCUACAUUCACCGUGUGGGGAGAACAGCGAGAGCUGGUAGAUCAGGGAAAUCCAUUUCGCUGGUAUCACAAUACGAUCUGGAAUUGAUCUUAAGAAUCGAAGAAGUCUUGGGUAGGAAACUACCGAAGGAAAAUGUGGACAAAAGUAUUAUAUUGACCCUGAGGGACUCUGUCGACAAAGCCAAUGGGGAAGUUGUUAUGGAAAUGAACAGAAGAAACAAGGAAAAGAUUGCCAGAGGGAAGGGAAGAAGAGGAAGAAUGAUGACAAGAGAAAAUAUGGACAUGGGAGAAAGGUGA